AUGGUCCACCUCAUUCUAACCGGUGCCACCGGCCUCGUUGGCUCGGCCGUACUAUCACACAUCCUCUCCCUCCCAGCCAGCAGUACACCGACCAUCACACGACUUAGCAUUCUCUCUCGCAACACAAAGAUCCCGCUUCUCUCGCUGACACCGCCUCCCGGCACGCCCUCCGUCAACAAACACACGCGUAUCGAAGUCAUCGAGCACAAGGACUUCGCCUCUUACCCUCCCGAGCUACUCGACAAACUCAAGGGCGCCGACGCCUGUAUUUGGACCCUAGGCGUAAGCCAGAACGAUGUCAGCAAAGACCAGUUCGCGCGUAUCACGCGAGAUUUUGCCCUUGAAGCAGCAAAGGCAUUCUCUUCCUUACGCGACCAUAGCGCAAAAAGUGACGGUGACAAGAAGACAACCUCGACCGCGCCCUCGCCAUCGGAUUCGGGUUCUUCUUCAGACGCAAAGAAAUUUAAAUUCAUCUACGUCUCAUCCGAAGGCGCCACAACGGCUCCUAAACCCUGGACACCCCUUUACUGCCGCGUGAAGGGAGAAACGGAACGAGCAUUGCUGGCCCUCUCUAAACAGAACUCCUUCAAGGACUGUCUGGCAGUCUACUCUGUCCGCCCGGGCGCCGUGGACGGACAUAACGAGCCGUGGCUGUGGAAGGGGAUUCUGGCGGAGAAGCGCAGUGCGUUUCAAAAGUUUUAUCUGCCGACGUUGAUGGUGCCGAUCCGUGCGGUGGGAGGGACCCUGCAUACCCCGACGGAGGAGUUGGGGAGGGUAUUAGUUGAGAUGGCGGUUAGGGAGAGUAGAGAGGCGUAUGCCUUGGGACCUGGUGUCGAGAAGGAGGGUGAAGGGAGGACGCUGGGAAAUACAGCGGUCAAAAGGCUUGGCCGUGAAGAGGAAGGAAGGUGA